AUGAUUGGUAGAAUGAUAUCAGUUCAACAAGGUGCAUUUAUUAAGGGCAUGAAUAUGCAUGAAAAAAUUGUACUAGCAUCUGAGCUUGAACUGAACAUUAAAAGAAGGGGUGGAAAUGUGGGGCUUAAGAUGGAUAUCACACAAGCAUAUGACUCAUUAAGCUGGAAGUUUUUGUUUGAAGUUUUGAGAAGAUUUGGAUUUUCUGUUGGAAUUCAAUGGCUUAAGAAGAUCUUUGAAUCUGCAAGAAUUUCUGUCCUUGUAAAUGCUGGGCCAUGUGGGUUUUUUGGAGUAGGGAGGGGACUGAUACAAGGUGACCCUUUGUCACCAAUCAUGUUUGUUCUAGCAGAAGAAGUUUUAAGCAGAAAUAUCUCAAAGCUAGUUCAAAUGGGUAAAAUUCAGACAAUGGUGAAUAGAGGUGGAUGCCAACCAAUUCAUCUGAUGUUUGCAGAUGACAUAUUUAUCUUCUGCAGUGGCCACAAGAGAACUUUAGAAAAUUUGAUUGAACUUUUAUAUAAGUACCAGAUAUCUUCAGGUCAAGUAGUUAAUAAGGCUAACAACAAAUGCUUUGUGGGGGGUGUAUCAACUGCAAGACAAAAAAAUAUAGCAGAGCAAAUGCAGAUGGAGCUAUCUCACUUUACAGACAAGUACUUGGGGGUUAUUCUUAAUCAAGGGAGAGCUAAAUCUCACCAAGUAUGGGGGAUUGUGGAAAUGAUGCACAAGAUUAUGCCCAUUUACAACAUGUCAGUGUACAAAUGGCCUAAGAGUGUGAUUCAAGUUUGUGAAAGAAUUAUCAGGAACUUCUUAUGGUCAGGGGAUCCUUCAGUCAAUAAAUUAGUGACUGUCAAGUGGGAUGAGGUUAAUUCUCCAGUGGAAGAAAGAGGAUUGUGA